GACCAUGAUCAUCACGAGUUUUACGAUACUCACCAUGUAAAGCCAUUGCUUCCAUUGACACUACGCACUAUCACACGUGGACAACAUUUUCUUGCAAGCGUUCCGUUGAAGAAGCGAGGAGUGGACAAGGUAUCGGCCGAUGAUCUCAAGGGAAAGAAGUUUUAUGAAGAACUGGGAGAUGCAGAUCGACCGAAUCUGGAAGUAGUAUGGAUCUCUCGUGAUAAAGAAGCCGCGGAUCAGCUGGAGUACUAUGAGAAAGCAAUGCCACCAUGGUACUAUAUACCGUUUGGCGAUCCGAACAUCCAGUGA